AUGCGUGAGUCUCUGUGCGAAGGCGUACGCUCGAUGUCGGUUGAUGGCUACACCGAAGGAAACAUUGACGAGGCUGUCGCAUCUGCUCUCCUCAUGGAUGCGAUUCUCCCCGGCAGUCUUGAUAAAAAAGCUCUAUGGGGAGUGGUGGUCUGCAGAGCGAGAAGGCAAGGGCAUUGGCCGCUACGAACGCGCAUUGUCGCGGUUCAAGCAGUAUUUUGCGCAGCUAUGCCAGAGAUCAUCGUCGAGCAUUCGAAGGCCACGCUCAACCGCCUCUAUAGCCAAGACGAUGAGAAUGCGCUGCGGUCCUCUGUUUCUGAGCUGCGCCUUGUGCCGGUGUUAGAUGAUGACGACUGA